AUGUCGUCCGUCAAGGUCGAGUGCGUUACCAGCGAGGGCUGCAGGAUCGGGGAGUCGCCCGUCUGGGACGAGAAGGAGAGCGCGCUCCUCUAUGUGGACAUCUCGGGAAGGAAGGUGUGCCGGUGGAGCUCCCUCACCCAGCAAGUGCAGGACGUCUCCGUGGAUGCUCCUGUGAGCUCUGUGGCUCUCCGGAGAUCUGGGGAUUAUGUCAUCACCCUCGGAACCAGGUUUGCUGCUUUGAAAUGGAAAGAGCAGCUGAUAACCACCAUUGCUCACGUGGACAAGGAUAAAGCAAACAACCGAUUCAACGAUGGGAAAGUGGAUCCUGCAGGAAGGUAUUUUGCAGGUACGAUGGCUGAGGAGAUUCGACCUGCUGUCCUGGAGAGACACCAGGGCUCUCUGUACACACUCUUCUCUGACCUCUCAGUAGUGAAGCAGUUUGAUCAGGUGGACAUUUCUAAUGGGCUAGACUGGUCACUGGAUCAUAAAACCUUCUUUUACAUUGACAGCUUGUCCUACUCUGUGGAUGCCUUUGAUUAUGAUCUCCAAACUGGAAAAAUUGGCAACCGUAGGAGUAUAUACAAACUGGAAAAAGAGGAAAGCAUUCCUGAUGGGAUGUGCAUUGACACAGAAGGCAAACUCUGGGUAGCUUGUUACGAUGGUGGGAGAGUCAUUCGUCUUGACCCUGAGACAGGAAAAAGGCUCCAGACUGUGAAACUCCCUGUUGACAAGACAACUUCCUGCUGUUUUGGAGGGAAGGAUUAUUCAGAAAUGUUUGUGACCUCUGCCAGUGACGGGAUGGACAAAGAGUGGCUUUCACGGCAGCCGCAGGCUGGCAGGAUUUUCAAGAUAACAGGGCUGGGAGUGAAAGGAGUCCCACCAUAUCCAUUUGCAGGUUAAAUAAACACUCUUCAGAAUGGAUUAGAGAGGACUGACAUAAGCAAGACAAGUCAGAAGGUCUUAUUCUGAUGUUCAGCAUCUUUUGCUUGAAAACCAUAACACAAUUACCUCAUCAGGAAAGGAUGAAAAACUGCUGAAAUACAUGGAAUAUUUUAAAAUGGA